UUUUAAAAGUGUUUAAAUAUUGUGAAUGCCCUCGUUUUUAUUUAUAACCGGAAAAAGGUUAUUAUGUCGUACUUGGUCCCAGCGAAAAGUCAUUUAGACAGUAUUAUGUAUAUCUCCAUGAAAGAGUACGUUGUACGUUUAAACUGUGUUCAUCUGAUAUUUUUGAAUGUAUGUUUUGAUGAUAAAAACAAAUAAUUCAACGCGAUGAAUAAUAAUACAAUUUGAACCCCACUCUUGAUUUUUACACGUGUGUAAGCUGAAGUUGAACGCAAGAUGGCUAUUACCUGUUUAGGAUGUUUUGGAUAUAUUUUUAUCGGCCUGGUCUGAUGAGCUAAACCUAACAUGCCGGGUACCUGCUGCAAACAGUUUGGGAAAUGGUUUUUAAUUGUCCUCAACAUCAUAUUUUUUUUACUUGGUAUCGGGUUAUUGGUAGCAGGAAUCAUAUUUAAAAUUAAUGCAGUAUUUGUGGAGGUUUUACCCACCUUGAACAAAGUCCAAGUGGUUGGAAACAACCUUGGCGAUCUUUUGAACAGCGUUUCCAUCUUGGUGAUCAUUAUCGGCAUCUUUGUGGCGUUGGUGGCGGGUUUUGGACUAUUUGGAGUGUAUUGUAAGAAGAAAACUUUGCUAAUUGUGUACGCCAUUCUUGUGUUUAUAAUGGUUGCCAUGCAGACGACAGCCGUGGUGUUUUUAUCUAAAAUUUCAUUGUUCAAUGAAAGAAUCAAGAAUGCGAUGCUGGGAAUGCUCCAGAAGAAUUUUAUUGAUGAUUCUUUUAAUACCACCAACGCUCUUUCCAAUGGAUGGAAUUACAUAUUCUUAAGGUAUGAUUGUUGCGCUGUUAAUCCUGUUAAUGGACCAAACAACGAUUUUGACGAAACCCCCUGGUGUAAGGAAAAAGGUGAAUGUUUUCUAAAUAAUGCCCAAAUACCGAAGACGUGCUGUGAUGGAGUGGACGAAUCGGAUUUCGAAACAAAGGCACCGGCAGAUUGUUUUUCUUUUGCAACUGAUGACUAUAAGACUAAGGGUUGUUUUGAUAGACUUCAAGAAUUUAUUCAAAAGUACUCAACUCCCGCCAUUGGGGUAUCGGUUGUUGGCAUUACACUCGAGAUUUUGGCUUUUGUGUUUGCCAUCGUCCUAUGUAGGCAGAUAGGACAAGAGUCUUCAAAGAUUGUAUAAUUCAUACUAGUUAAGUUGAAAUGAUAGAUAUUGGUUUAAACAUGUGUGUCCAAAUGCACAGACUUCAGCUGGUUGAAAGACUGUUAUUAACAUUGAUUGACUGUAUCCACUAUCACACAUGUUUCAAAAUGUUUUAAAGCACUCAAAUAUUAUAUCCAAUUUUUCUUUUCUUAAUAUUUGUUAAAUCUGUACUUCAUAAAGGUAGCUGACAAAUUUUUAUUAACAUUAAAAUCAUUUUUGUACUAGAA